AUGAGAACCAAUGGUAAUCAAACUGUGCCGCCACCGGCACCUGCUAACUUCAUCCGUCCCGGGAAACGACCUUUGUCCUCUAUGACCCCCACCAUUGUACUCCAGGAUGGUAAAGUGAAAGCCGCGGUGGGUGCGAGCGGAGGAGUGAACAUCAUCGCCGGGACAAUCGAGGUUUAUUUUUUCCUCAAGAUGGAUCCUCUUUCUGCAGUCUUGGCUCCAAGAAUCUACCAUCAGCUGAUACCAAACGUAGUCUCGUAUGAAAAUUGGACAACAGUGUUCAAUGAUCAUUUCGAGAUUACCAAAGAGACGAGAGUUGUGUUGGAGAAGAAAGCUCAUGUACUAAUGCCGAUCGUCGGAGGGACUAUUUCUCAGUUUGUAGUUCAAGAAUCCGGAAUGAGUGAGCUUGUGGCGGUAAGUGAUCCAAGAAAAGGAGGAACCCCAUCAGGAUAUUGA